CAAUUUCUCUCUCCCACUCUCACAACUUUUGCUUCACUAGUGCACUUACCUUUUGCUUUAAAACAACCCAAAGAACCCAUCUUUUUUUUUCAAGCUUCAAAGAAUUUUCUGUUGAACACAACAAUGGAGGGCAAGGAAGAAGAUGUUAGGCUUGGAGCCAACAAGUUUUCAGAAAGGCAACCCAUAGGAACAUCAGCCCAAACUGACAAGGACUACAAGGAGCCACCGCCAGCUCCAUUGUUCGAGCCUGGUGAACUCUCCUCAUGGUCAUUUUACAGAGCUGGAAUUGCUGAGUUCAUUGCCACAUUUUUGUUCCUUUAUGUCACAGUUUUGACUGUCAUGGGCGUGUCCAAGUCCAGCAACAAGUGUGCCACUGUUGGUAUUCAAGGCAUUGCUUGGGCUUUUGGUGGCAUGAUCUUUGCUCUUGUCUACUGCACUGCUGGCAUCUCAGGUGGCCAUAUUAACCCUGCGGUGACGUUUGGGCUGUUCCUUGCGAGGAAGCUGUCUUUGACUAGGGCUGUGUUCUACAUGGUUAUGCAGUGCCUUGGUGCCAUCUGUGGUGCUGGUGUGGUUAAGGGUUUUGAGGGUAACCAUACUUUUGAGAGGCUGGGUGGUGGAGCUAAUGUUGUAGCCCAUGGCUACACUAAGGGUGAUGGUCUUGGUGCUGAGAUUGUUGGGACCUUUGUUCUUGUUUACACUGUCUUCUCUGCCACUGAUGCUAAGAGGAGUGCCAGAGACUCCCAUGUCCCUAUUUUGGCUCCUCUUCCCAUUGGAUUCGCAGUGUUCUUGGUUCACUUGGCCACCAUCCCCAUUACCGGGACCGGCAUUAACCCAGCCAGGAGUCUCGGAGCUGCUAUCAUCUUCAACAAAGACCACGCCUGGGAUGACCACUGGAUCUUCUGGGUCGGGCCCUUCAUCGGAGCCGCCCUUGCUGCCGUGUACCACCAGAUAGUCAUCAGAGCCAUUCCUUUCAAGUCCAGAGCUUAACUGAACUGUUUUUCCUAGCUACCACAUGAGUGAAUUCUGGCGUAUUUAUUUUCUACUUGUGAAUUUGGUACUGAGGUGUUAAAAGAAUUGUGUGUGUAAAUUAUGUAGUGGUGCUGUAUGAAUGUUUGUGACACGAAAUUCUUUUUAUCUGAAUCUAAAACUAUCUACUUUAUUUGUUA